UUGCUCCGUCUGCCGGGUUGCCGUACUUUCUGUCUGUCUGUCCAACCCCGCACCACUUUCCUCAGACGUUUAGGAUGUAGAAACACAGCGUCGUGUUUUCCCCCACUCAGCCGACCCACCAGUGAACGCACCGUGGUUUAUAAACACAGACCUCACUCACUCGACAGCGGCGACCAUGGCGGCUGUUGACAGCUUUCAGUUGUUGUACAGAGAGAUUUCUCGGUCGUGCAGUUUUUACUUCGAAACCCUGGCCCUGGUGGGAGCUCUGUACACGGCCAGCAGGGCGGUAAUCCUGCUCAGAGACUGCUGCACGUUGGUGAGGGUGCACUUUCUGCCGAGGAUGAUCCCCAGCAAGAGGCUGAGCCAGAGAUUUGGUGACUGGGCUGUUAUUUAUGGUGGAUCAGACCCUGUGGCCCGAGCGUACGCCGAGGAGCUGGCCAGGCACGGCAUCAGCAUCAUCUUUGUCACUCAGGACCACACGUCUGUUAGAGACACCGCCGCAUCCCUCUCCCAGAGCUACGGCGUGGAAACCGUUGUGGUCCUGGCUGACUUCUCUUUGGACCAGGCGGCCAGCAAACCCAUCAAAGAAGCCAUGCGGGGUAAAGACAUCGGCUUCCUGGUGAACUGCGUGGACGAGUCUGGGGUUUCCCCUCGGAGCCUGAUUGAAAUCCCCGAGCAGGCCCUGUUGGAUUCGGUGAAUAAGAACGUGGCGGUCGCUACUGUGAUGGCCCGGUUGGUGCUGCCGGGGAUGGUGGAGCGCUGCAGAGGAGCUGUGGUCAAUAUAUCAUCGGGUGCUUGCUGCAGACCCCUGCCUGGAAGAGUGACACUCACCGCCUCCACUGGCUACCUGGAUCAUUUCUCAAGAGCUCUUCACCUCGAGUACAGCGGCAAAGGGAUUUUUGUCCAAAGUCUGAUUCCUUUCCAGAUAGCAUCAAGUGGGCGACAACCAUUUUCAUCAAGACCGAGCUGGUUCGCACCGAAGCCGGAGGUUUACGCUCGCCACGCCAUCUCCACCCUGGGCGUCUCUAACAGGACCACCGGCUACUGGCCUCACACACUGCAGUACGGACUGAUGAGAUGUAUCCCGGAGUGGAUUUGGGUUCUCGGAGCGCGUGUGCUCGUCAGUUCGAGCUAAGAGCUCAACCUCUCUGCUCCCUUCGCUGAAGACUGAACCCACCUUACUGGAGCUUCUCGUUACUGGAGUCAGUGUAGAGUUUUAGUUUCUUCUGCCAUCCGUGUCAAGUUGUUCAACUCUCAGGCUCUGUCGAGGUUCAGAGGUUUUAUUCGAAUGAUAUGGUACCACUUUCGAGGGAAGUUGCAGUGGAAUUAUAAUGAAUGGAUAUAUAUAAAGAUUACUAUAGUGUGACGUAUAACCUGACGUUACAUGUCUUUUGCCAUUGAAAACUGGGUUUGGCUUUAAGAUUUUAAGGUCGUUGAUGAUUAUUGGAGCAUAAUAAUCGUUUGGUUUGGUGCCUGGACUUGAUGCUUGAUAAGAUAUUUCCACUCAGAUGGUGGCCAACGUGGAUCAUAAAGGCCUGGUUCAUAAGAUAUAAAAGAUACAAGAGAAUGUAGAAUUUAUUUUUCUGUUUGUUCAAACAAGUUGCACACAGUAUAGAUGUACAGGUGAGAUCAAAAGAUCAAAAAUAACACAUUAAAACAAAGGCAAGAAUAAAGCUGCAACCAGAAAAUAAUAAUAAUAAUCAUGAGGCAGGGUAACAAAUCAAUAAACAAACACAUAAAUAUAAAUAUAGGUAAUAACUACUGAUAUUCUAACCUAACCUGUAUCCUGUAGUAAUUCCAUCCUAAAGGAUUUGGGUUAUGAAUGCUCUCUGUGCUUAUUGUGUGCUGACAUUUGACUUUCCAGUUCAUUCUGGUUGUACCUGCUUUCUACCAUCACUGUGUGACCACGCCUACAAUAUGAGGCACAUACACACAAAGAACAAAUGGUUGUUCAGCCCAGAACCAAACCCAAACAUCAUUAAAUUAAACAGACAGAUAGGAUCAUUCUUCUAAACCUAUUUAUAUUUGAUUGAGCAAAAGCUGCAGAUAACAUUAAAUUACUUAAAGUACUACAAGGAGUUUUUAACUUUGUGUGAAACAAUGUUAAUUUAAGACUGAACCCUCUGUAUGACCUGCAUAAAGACCAUCAGGGAGAAGAUUGGCUGUUUCUUUAUAGUUCUUCUUAAUUUCUGCCACCAGGUCGGAUUCAGUUGGACUCCUGAGGUUGUAGAAACACAAAAAACAGAUUUUAUCCACAGGGGUCGCCAUAAUCAAGAAAGUGAAAGUUCCUUGUAGCUGCUUGAAGUGUAAUUUAAGUGUAUUUUUUGCAAUAAUAUAACUCAAGUAGAAGAAAAUAUGUUAAUUGAGGUGCAAAGGACACAUUUAACUUAAAUUGUGACCAAAGGAAAGCAUAAAUCUGAAUAUAUUCUUGCAAUGUGAAUAUGCCUUUAGCUUAAUUGGCUUGCCAGUGAGGUUUUAUACGUAUACAUUCUUUAAAGAAAAGAGUGUUUUACAGCAAAUAAGUGUGUGGUGGUGAAUGUGGAACGAUAGUUUUAGGUGGAUGUGGUGACUUUGCUCCGAGUACAAGGUUCAAGCAUCUCCAGGAGUGAAUUUGAAAUGCACUGAAAGAGUGAGAUUUUGAUGUUUUACUGACAAACUAUAUUUGAGUAUAUGUAGAUAUUGCUCUAAAAUGAGUAUUUAUAUUUAAAAUGUGAAGACAUUCAGGUAUAUUGUGUUGAGUUGUUGGUUACACAUACAGUACAGUAUAUACAAAUGUUGACUUAAAUAUGAUAAUGUGUCACUAUAGCACAAACUUAGACCAAUAAAACUCUUCCUCCAUC